AGUGGAAUGGGAGGCGGACACUUCGAUUGCUGGAAACAACAAAAAAAAACACACACAUGUGAGGGAGGAGGACCACAACGAUUUCAUUGGCGCGUGUUUCUGCCCGCCGCAACGACGGCCCUACAAACUCUUUGUUUUCUUUUCUUCCGCAACUUCACUUCCGUCGUACUCUUUGUUUCCCUUAAACACCAUUGUGUGCGCGCAGCGCCGCACGCAACGAACGUUUUCACCCGUCGGUGACAACACUUCUAGAGUUGGCUGAAUAAGAUACUGCAAAUGUCACAGCCAAAAGCUGCGUGCGUUUCUCGCUGCGGACUCACCUACCGCCCCAAAGCCGAUGUCGCGGUGGUGGAUGUCAACACGUUUUUCCGCAUCCUGCGCUUCAUCUCCGCCAAUCCCCAGCUGGCCACGUUAACGGUGGCGACGGAGCAGACUUCUAUUGCCGAGUCGACGCAACAGGGUCUCGCCCCCUCGUCUGCCACCGAAGUCACUCCGGCGUCUCUGACCACGGCGAAGCCUUCGCUGAUGGGCACGAGCGCCGCGGUGGGCAAUCGAAUCCGCAUUCCAGCGGUGCUGCAUGAACCCCUCGAGAACUAUCGACGGAUGGCGACGACGUCGCCCAUCGAUCAAAACGGUCUCGCGAUGGCGCGGCAGCGUGUGCAGAGUCUUCUGGAAGAGUUGUGCAACGAAUUAAAAGAUGCGGACGCCACGACAGCGCUCUGCAGCGACGUCUUUGCGCACACGGAGGACGACAUGGUUGAAAGCGAUAGCACGACUUUUAUGCACAGUACGACGACCACCACUUUUGGACCGAAGCAGAACGUGGCCAAGACCAAUGUAUCGAACAGCAACGAGAUGCAGCAGAUUGUACCUGGACUGUGGUGCGGGUCGUGGCACCAAGCGAGUAACCUUGCGUUGCUAGAGCACUACGGCAUCACACACGUGUGCUGCUGCAUCGAUACAAAGCCCUUCUUCCCCACCAACUUCAUGUACUUUCAGAUCCCCGCCGCGGACACGCCGACGUACCGGAUGCAGCCGCACUUCGCGCAGGCCUUCGAGUUCAUUGAAAACGCGCUAGUGCGGAGUCAUGGAAACGUGUUGGUGCACUGUGGUGCGGGCAUUUCACGUGCCCCGACGAUCGUGGCCUCGUACCUUAUGAAGAAGCUGCACAUCAGCUCGACGGCGGCCAUUCAGCUCGUGCAGCACCACCGCUACGCCGCGUCGCCCAACGUGGGCUUUCGCGAGCAGCUGCACCUGUACGGAAAGAGUCUCCAAGUGGAUGAGGUGUCAGCGAGCGAGCGUGGCAAGCUGACGAAUGAGGGGUUCAUGCAGGCGGCCGCGGCGGUCAAUUCCAAGUAG